AAAACAAGGUUCCCACCUGCUUGGAGGAAGCGUGAAAAAGUUCGAAAUAUUUGAAGGGGAUUUUCUCUGCUAGUUGAUUUAUGGGGUACUACCAACUUUCAAACCAUCUGCAGUGUCAGACAGCAGACAGGCAGACGAUCCUCCCUCCGCCACCUCCACAUCCUGGGCUGGUUAUCGUCCAUCCUCCCUCCGUCUACCCUCCUCUCUCUUGGGCUAGCGGCCGGGCUGCGUCCUCCUCCCCCUUCCAGACCCCCACACUAUCCUCUGAUUGGAGCUCCAGACAGGCAGGCAGGCUGUCUCUCUAUCCCCGCUACGGUGCACCUUGGCUGGGCAGCUGGACUCUGCCGCCACGCCUGUGGAGGAUGAUCCUGUGGAUGAAGACGGAGGAGAUGGCCCUGGGAGAGCUGCUGCAGAGGCUGAGACAAGUCGCCCAGAACAUAGAUGAGAUCAUGCAGCAGGAGAGCAGUCCUCUGUGUGCCGCUGACAUCACUCCUGACCUCAGGAAGCAGUUUGCCUUCCUCUCAGGGGGCCGAGGACAGAACGGCAGCCCCAUCAUCGUGUUCCCAGAGUUCCCUGCUUUCGGCGAGAUCCAGGAGAGAGAGUUCCACAACGUGCUCACCUACCUGACCAGCGUCCCCAGUCUGGCGGCGACAGGGGUCGGCUUCAUUUUGGUCAUCGACCGGCGGCAGGACCGAUGGGCGGCCGUCAAGGCAACCCUGCUACGCAUCGCAGUGAGUUCAUCUCUGUCCCAGGCUUUGCAGACGUUUGGGACAGAGCUGGCAGAGACCGAGCUGCCCAACAACAUCCAGGCCACCUCCAAGAGCUGCCAAACACACACCAGCAAGAGGGACAGGAUGAGCUCUGGGCAGGGCAGCAUGUUGCUGGAGAGCAUCAACGAGCCUGUGGUCAGAGACCCUGACCACAACAUGAACCAGGACGAGCUGGAGAACCUGGCCACCGUGCAGAGACUGCUGUCUCAGCUAGAUGAGACAGAGCGAGCGUUUGAUGAGUUCUGGGCUCGACACCAGACCAAGCUGGAGCAGUGUUUGCAGCUGCGCCACUUUGAACACAGCUACCGAGAGGUGCGGGCGCUGUAGCAGGUUUCUGAGAAGCUGAUGGCGUUCUCCGGUGGGAUAAGCCCCGCCCACGCCGACCACAUAUUCAGAGAGCUGAUCAACCACGAGGAGAAAGCUUGUGAGGUUCUGGAUCAGGCCCUGGCUCUGGCUCAGCAGGGGGACGAGUUGAUCCAGAAGUCCCACUACGCCGAGGAUUCCAUCCAGCCCAAAUGCAGCGAGCUCCGAGCCGUCAGCGAGGAUUUCAGCGGCCGUCUGAAGGCCAAGAAGGAACACCUCCUCAAGGCCAUUGAGCUGCACCACAACCUGGAGAGGGCAUCUAAGUGGUGUGAUGAUGGCAUCUACCUGCUGGCCUCCCAGCCAGUGGACAAGUGUCAGUCCCACGAGGGGGCGGAGUCAGCCCUGCGCGAGCUGGAGCGUUACCUGGAUACGGCGGAGCAGAACACGCUGGCGGACCAGGACUCUGUCGCCAGGGACUACCAGAGCAUCCUCAGCCAGGAGUUCAGGGACCAGGUGGAGAAGCUCCUGCUGAAGCAGGUGUCCAUGCAGGAGAUGUUUGACAAGAGGAGGGUGAGUCUGAAGAAGCUGGCUGCCAAGCAGACCAGACCAGUGCAGCCUGUGGCCCCCAGACCUGAGGCCUUCAUCAAGUCUCCUCUCACAUCACCAGCACACAGAGUCCAGCCUGAGAAGACCAGCAUAGAUGAAUCAGACAACGCAGUCGGCUGUAAAACAGGGGAGGGGCUACAGCGGAGUGACAGCACCAGCAGACACGCCUCCCUGUCAGAGGAGGAGGAGAACCUGGCUGUUCUCAGGAGACAUGUGAUGAACGAGCUGCUGGAGACAGAGAGAGCCUACGCAGAGGAGCUCCUGUGUGUGCUGCAGGGCUAUGCCUCUGAGAUGGACAACCCCUCCAUGGCCCACCUCAUCCCAGGCCCGCUGCAGAACAAGAAGGACGUGCUGUUUGGCAACAUGUCUGAAAUCUACCUCUUCCACAAGAGGACGUUCCUAAGAGAGUUGGAGCAAUACACGGACUGUCCUGAGUUGGUGGGACGCUGUUUCCUGGAGAGGAUGACAGACCUGCAGAUCUAUGAGCAGUACUGCCAGAACAAGCCUCGCUCAGAAAGCCUGUGGAGAAGCUGCUCCGACUGCGCUUUCUUCCAGGAGUGUCAGAAGAAGCUGGAACACAAGCUGGGGCUGGACUCCUACCUGCUGAAGCCUGUCCAGAGGAUCACCAAGUACCAGCUGCUGCUCAAGGAGAUGCUGAAGUACAGUAAGGGCUGUGAGGGCACUGAGGACCUGCAGGAGGCUCUGACCUCCAUCCUGGGCAUCCUGAAGGCCGUCAACGACUCCAUGCACCUCAUCGCCAUCACCGGAUACGAGGCCAACCUGUCGGACCUGGGCCGUCUCCUGAUGCAGGGCUCGUUCAGCGUGUGGACGGAGCACAAGAAGGGCCACGCCAAGGUCAAGGACCUGGCGCGCUUCAAGCCCAUGCAGAGGCACCUGUUCCUGCACGAGAAGGCCCUGCUGUUCUGCAAGAGGAGGGAGGAGAACGGGGAGGGCUAUGAGAAGGCCCCCUCCUACAGCUUCAAACAGAGCCUGAACAUGAGUGCUGUAGGCAUCACAGAGAACGCCAAGGGAGACAACAAGAAGUUUGAGAUCUGGUGCAACUCCAGAGAGGAGGUCUACAUUGUACAGGCGCCCACGGCGGAGGUGAAGACCACAUGGGUGAACGAGAUCCGGAAGGUUCUUACCACACAGCUGGAAGCCUACAGAGCCAGCCAACAGAGGGUGUCAGACCAGGUGUUCCAGUUCCCCCCCGUCAGCCUCAGUCCUUUCAAGACGGGCCAGAGAAGCUUCAAGAAGGGAGACGAGAGGAAGGGAGAGCCAAGCAGCCCUGAUGCCAACUCCUCCUCCUGCUCCCCGAAGUCCUUGGAGAAAGGAAAAGAUGAGGCAGUGACCAGCCCAACAUAUGACAGGGCCGCCUCGGUUAAAAAGCGUUUUACCUUGCAGGGCUUCAGCAAUCUCAAGGGGCAGAGAGGCUCUCUCUCCAGCCCCGACCACAAGACCAAACGGCACGAGAUAAAGAGCGACCCCACGCCGUUCGGCUUCAAAGACGCUGGCCCAGAAUCUCGCCUCCUCCUGGGCAGAGUUAGGUGGUUCAGCACCUCUAGUCUCUUACAGGUCCGGAGGAAAGGCUGGACAAAGGCUUCACUCUCAUUGGACGCUUCGGAGGAGAAUGACGGUUAUUCCAGCGCUGAGGAUCCAAUGAACUCCGACCCUGAGGAUGAGAACAGAAAGAAAGUGACCGCUGGGAAAUACACGGUUGUGUCUGACUACGAGAGGGCGGGGUCUCAGGAGCUGUCAGUCAAGAGUGGAGACCUGGUGCAGCUGGUCAAGAAGGGGGAGGAGGGACAGUGGUUUGUGCGUAACCUGAAGACCAGUAAGGAGGGCUGGCUGCCUGCUGCCAACCUGCUCACGGUCAUAGAAGAGUCCAAGUCCUGCCAGUCCCUCAGCUCAGAGGGCAGUGGUUCAGGGAACCUCAGUGCGUCCUCCAGCUGUAGUGAAACCUACACCAGCUACUCUGACAUCAAGCCCUGACUCCUCCACCUGCCCCAGGACCCAAGCUCUGCACCUCCCGCCUCCACCCUGAGCCCUGAAGCACCGCCCCGAGGCAUCGCCCCUAGGCUGCCUCAGCCAGAUGUACUGUGAUAGCACUUUCUCUUUAACUGCAGAACCCCCCCCCCCCCCACACACACACACACACUACUCCCUCAAAGCCAAUCAGAUUAGCAGAAUGCUGGUCAGCUGCUACAAUUGUGUUUAUCAACGAACUGAUGACAACCUCCCAUCCAUGGAUGUAUAUCAUAGAAGUUACCUGUUCUGACAUGAUCCAAAACCAUGCUGUGAUGUCCCCUAUAAAAGAGCAUCCACGAAAAUACUGUAAUGCGGGCUGGAAUCACGUUGCACUUUCUACAAAGUGAACUUUGGCGCCCCUGUGGUUAAAUGGUAAUCACACUGUCGCUGGAUGGAGUUGUAGAUUAGCGGAUAUCCUUCGGAGCGGGACUGUAAGCAAGUUGAUUGUAGAAGAUCUUUGAGUUAGGCCAGUAGUUUAAGCAUCUCAAUGGCGUCUACAGCUUAGUUUUGGUCUGUGACGUAGAUUCCUAUCUGCACACGCGAAACACUGCAUUUAAAAUGUAGUUGUAAAUAAAAUUGUAACUAUGAAUGAUAUGGAAAAUAGACAAGGUUUAAGAUUUCAGAUUGUUGCUCUAAGAGUGUCAGUCGCUGCGGUAACCAACCGUAUUUUCCCCUCCUCGUGCAACGUGUGUAUAUUUGAAUGAAUGAGAGGAAGGGGAAGCAAUAUUGUCGCUGUCUUUUCUAUGACUGAGGCAUCUGUCGUCUAAGUUGCCAUCCGCUUCUCUUUAUCACGUCUCUGUCAUUUGUCUUUUUCUUGUUCAAAACAUUUCACUUUUGUUUUAAAAAGCUAUUUGCAUUGAUAUAUUGGCUGGCAACUGCUUUUUCUUCAUUUUACUUUCUAAACUGUCGUUUUACAUCUGUGAUGUGUCCAUCACAAAUUAAACUGACAUUAAAAGUUAUGUGAUACGACUAUUACAUUGAAACAGUUUAGCCAUUGUAUUUGUGUAAAAAACAACAAGAAAAUCCAUAUUGUGAACAACUCAGAAACCAGUGUAGGUUUAACUUAUUACAAAGGCCAUGUUAUGUAUGUAUUGUAGAUAAUGUUCAUUAUCAUCACCAGAUGUUUAUGAAAUCGGAGAUGUUCUAUUGUAUAUUAAGAUUCACAACAGUUGUGAAUGUAUUGGUCAGUCAGUUGUUGUUGUUUUUUUUUAUAAAGGACUUGUAGUAAUAAACAUUAUUUUCUUGUCUUGUUUGAUCGAAAUUAUCCAAUAAAAGUCAAAUACGGUG